GGACUGCCCACAAACUAUGAUAAGGGUCCUCUUGACAUGAAUUGCCCAAGGCUCCUCUCCUCAUAAAAUUUUUAGGGCAAGACGUUCAGCGCUAGCACGAGACCAGUCUUCAGUUCUCUUUAUGCUUAGUCCCCCUGACCUCUGGACGAGGACGACAUGAUGCAUCCAUGAGGUGAACGCCUCUAAGCCAGAGAAAGUUUGCCAUAAUAUAUUCCAGUUUAAGACACAGACGCCUAGGUAGCUUGAAAGUCGUGUACCAAUAACAUACUUGAUGAGGCAAAGGAGGCCUGCGUAAAGGAGAGUUUUCAGAAAUGAUAUUAAGCAUAACAUACUUGAUGAUGCAAGGGAGGCCUGCGUAAAGGAGAGUUUUCGUUUUCCAUAAUGCAUAAUGCUAGCUUCUUUCAACUUUCAUCACUAACUGCUUGGACCAAUGAGCUUGAAGAUAGCUGGUGAACAGUGGGAGCCCCAAAUAGAUGAGAGGCAGGGAGCCAGUUGGCCAACUCAUAUUAUCAAUAAGGCUGGACGAACCUUGUCUCCUACCCAACAAGAUAGCGUGGAACUUGCUACAGUUUAUGCACAUGUUAGAGCACCACUUGAGCUCAGCCAAGGCGCCUUGAACUUCUCUAAUCCAAGUUUGAUUAACUGCACAGAAAACAAUAAAGUCGUCAGCAAAGGAAAGCAGGUUGGGGCAUUUAGCCAAAGAGAUAAGGGUGAAGGAGGGUCGCCUUGUCUCAAGUCCCUGCAUGUUGGAUUACUCUCAAGACAUCUCAUCUAUGGGGACCCGAAAUGAUGUCUAAGAGACGCAAGUGAGAAUUCGGUCCAUCCAGGUGCUGCAAUACCCCAUGCCCCUCUAUCGUAGGCUUUGAAAAGAUCAUUUUCAAAUCACAAAUAAUUUUGGUUAAGACCGGAAAGAGAGUGAACACUCUCAUAAGCAAGAAUUAUAUUAUCUUAAAUAAAUCUUCCUGAGAGAAAUGCGGACUGGUCGCUACUAAUUGACAGCCAUAUGGUCAGAGAUGGAAAAGCUUAUCUGCCCUUGUAUUUCAGAUUUGAGUUCCUUUCAUACUCGAUCUAAUAUGCCAUUAUCUGGAUCCACCACCAUGACUUCCGAGUGACGCUUCCCACAUCUCACUCACGCUUCCCCUGCCUUUUCCGCUUUCUUCUGCUUCCACCAGCGCCCAUAAAGUGGUCGACGAAAUGACUCGACGAAAAUGCUUCCGCAAGCAAUCCUCCAAUCAGCCAUGGAUCUUUAAAAGUAAACUUUACAGCUGAAAUGGUGUGCCUAUCUCUGCAUACCAUGAUCGGGCGGCUGAGUCGCUCUACUAAUGCGGUCAAAGCUUCACCGUCGGCCCACAUGUUGGUUUCUUCUGCUUAUUCAUCUUCUGUGGAAAACGAAUGGGAAAGGAUUCUCAAACCAUUCGAUCUGGAAGAGCUUCGGCGGUCGAUGAGGAACAAGAUAACCCCGCAUCAGCUUUGCGAAUUGAUCGAGGUCCCGCUUGGAAUCUCAAAGACCGUGUGCAUUUUUAGCUGGAUAUCAUCCCAAAAAAGCUUCUCGCACACGGUAGAGGUAUAUCGUGCGUUGAUCAAUAAGCUUGGUGAGAACAGGGAGUUUAGAAAGAUAGACGAGGUGUUGAGUAGAAUGAAGGAGUUGGGUGUUGUUUGUGACGAGGCUUUGUUUCUUGUGAUCAUGAGAUGGUAUCGUGAUGCUGGACUGCCGGGUAAUGCCGUCAGGAUUCUUAGGGAGAUGGAGGAGAGGUUUUGGUGCAAACCCACUUUCCGAUCAUAUAAUUUUGUAUUGGACUUGUUGGUGUCUCAAAAUUGCCACGAAAUGGCUCCUCCCAUCUUCUUCGAGAUGUUGAAUCGUGGUGUUUAUCCAACGGUUUCAUCAUUUCUCAUUGCGAUGAAGGCGCUUUGUUUGAUGAAUCAACUGGACUCAGCCUGCUCGUUGCUUCCGGAAAUGACGAAGCACGCGUGUGUACCGGAUACAUCGAUCUAUCAGACUCUGAUACACGCCUUGUGUAAGCAUAGAAGAGUUGCCGACGCAUUGAAGCUUCUAGAAGACAUGUUUCUGAUGGGUUGUUCCGCAGACGUCAAAACAUUCAAUGCAAUUCUUCAUGGGUUAUGCACACUCGACCGGAUAUACGAGGCUGCAAAACUAAUUGAUAGGAUGCUGAUGCGGGGGUGCACGCCAAAUGAGAGAACUUACGGAAUUCUAAUGCACGGUCUUUGUAGAAAUGGCAGAAUUGAUGAAGCCAGGAAACUGUUAGAUGAAAUAACAAAUCCCAACGUAGUCUUGUACAAUACACUGAUAAAUGGGUACUUGGUGAAUGGCCAAUUCAAUGAAGCCAGGGCCAUUUUCUACCGUGAUGUGUGUUUGAGAGGCUGUGAGCCCGACGUUUUCACGUACACCAUUUUGAUUCGUGGUCUGUGCAAAGCGGGGCUUCUCGGUGUGGCGCAAGAAUUGCUUCAUGAGAUGGUGGUGAAAGGGUGCUCCCCCAACAUUUUUACUUAUGUUACAGUGGUCGAUGGUUUAUGCAAGAAAGGUAGAUUAGAUGAGGCUCUUGAACUUUUGCAAAGGAUGCUGUCAAGAGGCAUUGAAUUGAACGUUGUCUGCUACAAUUGUCUUAUACAUGCUUUCUGCAAAAAUAGGGGGGUGGGUGAGGCUGUAGGAGUAUUCAAUAAGAUGAAGACUGAAGGUUGCAAUCCUGAUGUUUUCACUUUUAACUCCUUAAUUCAUGGCUUCUGUGAGAUCGGUAAAAUAGAGGAGGCAUGCAAGAUCUUCCAUGAAUUGGUUGACUACGGUGCAAUUCCCAAUCAGGUUACUUAUAACACUUUAAUAAGUUCCUUGCUGAGGAGGGGUUCGUUUCAAGAAGCUCUUAAUCUUCUCAAUGAAAUGGAUUUCCGAGGUUGUCCACCAGAUGCAAUCACUUAUAAUGCUUUCAUAAAAGCACUUUGUAAAGGUGGUUUCGUGGGCAAGGCAUUAGGUUUGUACGAGGAAAUGCUAAAGAAGAACGCUGCUCCCAAUACCAUUUCGUAUAACAUCUUCAUAAAUGGUCUUUGCGAUGCAAGGGAUGUCCAAACUGCUCUUGAGCUUCUAAGAGAAAUGAUUCAUCGAGGAUGUGUGCCUCAUAUAGUCACUUACAAUUCCCUGAUAAAUGGUCUUUGUAGGAUAGGGGAGGUUCAUGAGGCUUUGAAGCUGUUGGACAAGUUACAGUUGGAAGGCAUUUUACCUGAUGAAAUCACUUACAAUACGCUCAUUUGCUGGUACUGCAAGAGUAAAAUGAUUGAAGAUGCUUUCUGGCUUCUAGGUAGAGUUAUUGAUAAGGGGAAAAAACAUUGA